AGUUAGGUGAGCGCAGAGCAGAAGCUAGCUGCGAGCUAACCGUCGGAGCGGAGCGCCUCAUAACCGACUGUCGGUGAACCAUGAGCGGUCUAGCGGCUUCAGCCCGGUGAGACGACAGCCGGUGGGCCGCUUCAAACAAAGAUGGACGUGGUGAGCCGUUCUCCCGGAGAGGAGCUGGAGGACGGGGAGAUCUGCGACGACGAAACCGAGGAGAGUGCGCCUCUCCGGCGGGGGGAUGGUCGCGUCAGCAGGCCCGCCCGCGGGGCUCCUCCACGGACACGGAAACCUCACCAGCACGCGCACCCGGUGCUGCCGCACGUGGGCCACCGGUACAUGGUUCCCUACGACCGCAGAGCCCACGGCCCGUUCCCCCCGAGCCACCGGAAGCAGUGCGGGCCUAGCGGGCCCGACCGGCCCCCCUCCCCCUCCCCUCCGGGGCUCGGGCUCCACGGGGACCCGAGCCCGAGGACCAGCUUCUGGGAGCGCAGCCACGGGGCCCUGGGCCGGUUCAGGCACCGGGCCAUGCCGAACGGGGGCCGCGGGGGCUGGAGCCGUGGCGGCCGGGGAGCCGGUAACUGCAGAGGUCCCCCCGGUCGUUACGGGCCCGGAGAGAGUCACGGGAACAAGAAGGACUCCCCCUCGAGGAAACAGAAGCAGCAGGGCAGGACCCAGACCAGGAAAGCUAAACCAGAGACCAGUGUUGACGAGUCCUUCGAGGACCUGCUGUCCAAGUACAAGCAGAUCCAGCUGGAGCUGGAAUGCAUCCGCAAGGAGGAGACCAUGGCUCUGGAGCCCGACGACACUGGCAGUAUUACACCUGGACCUGGACCGGGACCGGGACCGGCUCCUCUGGGUCCAGCAGCAGAGGACUCUGAGCUGGAGAAGGUGGAGGAGAAGAAGGUGUUUCAGGCCUUCAACAUCAAACCUCUUCGUCAGAAGCUUCCUCCUCCCGCCGGUCUGGAGGAGCUGGAGAGGGGAGGCGCUGCUGAGCAGGAGGGAGGUGAAGAAGAGGAAGAAACAACACGAGUUGGAGGAGAAACGGAACCGAAAGCCCAAGAAGAGUCGGAAGAGAAGAAGAAGUGUCUGUGCUGCUCCGAGGAAACCAACAAAGAAGAGAAUCGGACCUGUUUGUGUCUCAGAGAAUCCUCGGUCUCCAGUGAGGACUCUGUGGUCUCCCCUGACAAGCAGCCACUGGUGAAGGUGGAGGAGGAGGAGCUAUCGGAGCUGCAGCUCCGCCUCCUGGCUCUGCAGUCGGCCAGUAAGAAGUGGCAGCAGAAGGAGCAGCAGGUGAUGAAGACGAGCAAAGAGCGAAUCACUAAAGCCGUCCAGGAAAAGAGCUCCGCCCCCCCCAGCAGGCAGAGGGUCACCACCAGGUCCGCCUCCGCUGCCGCCGCCGCCACCGCCGCAGAGAGGUUCCGACCCAGGUCCAAACCUCUGGACAGGGACAGAGACAGAACCAAGACCGGUCCGAGACCACCGGACCGAGACAGGGAGAGGCCCAAAGCCAGUCCUAAACCGGGUCCCAAGGCUCCAGGGAAGCUCCACGUGGCCAAGAAGAUCACGAGUCCAGGCUCGGUGGCGAAGCAGGCCUUCAGGAAGCAGCAGCUGAGGACCUGGAAGCUGCAGCAGCAGAGGGAACAGGAAGUGACCCGCAGACAGGAAGAAGAAGACCGACGCAAACGAGAAGACGAGAUCCGACGCAUCCGAGACCUGUCCAAUCAGGACGAGCAGUACAACCGCUUCAUGAAGCUGGUGGGGGGGCGGAUGAGCACGCGCAGCAGAUCCAGAGACGGAGAACACAGGAAGUCUGCAGGUAAACCGGGACCGGACGCCUCCGGGAACCUGUACCAGUACGACAACUAUGACGAGGUUGCCAUGGACACGGACAGUGAGACGGGGUCACCAGUGCCGUCACCGAAACACAACCAUCUGAGUGCAGAAGAUCCAUCAGGUUUCCCUCAGCUGUCUCCUUAUGUCGCCGACUGUCUUCAGUUUGGACUGCCGUUUCUCUCCCCGAUGCUGUCGGCGGUUCCUCCCCCACCUCCACCUCUCCCCCCCCCACCAGACGAGCUGGAGCCACCCCCCAAGCCUCCCUUUGCUGAUGAGGAAGAGGAGGAGGAGAUGCUGCUGAGGGAGACCUGUCUGAUGUCCAUGGCCAACAAGAGAGUGACAUCCACAGAGGAGACGAGCUCCAGCGGCCCUCCGUCUCCUGGAGGUCCUCCGGUCCUUCAGCAGCCAAUCAGAGGGAACCUGAGCACCGUCAGCCUGAAUACCGUCACUCAGCCCCGAAGCAAGUUUAGCAGAGGACACCAUGCUGCCAGAGCGCCGCUAGUGCUGCCCAGACACAAGGCAGUGGUGGUUUCUCUCAUCGACUCAGACGACAGUGACUCGGAUGUGGAAGCCUGCAGCUCCACCCAGACCUUUGGAGGACUGGAGUCCAUGAUCAGGGAGGCCCGAAGGACAGUAGAGGCAGCAAAGCCGAAAGCGGCGUCGGGCUGUGAGAAGGAGAACAACCCGGUCAGGACACCAGAGGCCUUACCUGAAGACAAGAGGGCCGAGUACCGUUUGCUCAAAGAGGAGAUCGCCAGCAGGGAGAAGCAGAAGAUAAUGAAGGUCCACAGUCCUCGGAGCGCUUUGUCCCCUGCCGUCUCCGACUCGGUGCCGGACCCGUCGGUGAAAGCAGCCGCGGAGCUGAGAGUGACCGAGGCAGAGCAGAGACUCAACAAGCACAGAGAGCUGCUGCAGAGGGACGAGGCCGUCCUGAAACAUCUGCUCCACCAGGAGCUGAAGAAGAGAGACUCUUUGAAAGCUGCCGAGGCCAAAGUGGUGAAGCUCCGGGAGCAGCUGCAGGCGUCCGAGAAGAUCGUCAGCGCCAACAAGACGCUGCUGAAGAAGCUGCAGGAGCAGGUGCAUCGUGUUGAGCACCGGGUGUCCAUAAAGAAGAGUCUGUCUGGACGCCUGGAGCAAGACCUUGCUCAGGCUCAGCUGGCUGCAAGCAGGGGGUCCAAACGCAGAGCAGAUUCCAACCAGACUCUGCCCAGUAAGCUGCAGCGAGUUGACGGAGCUCCUCGUGGAUCGGAGCGUCACUUUGCCGAGCUAAUCGCUCAGAAGCAGCGUCUGCAGCAGCUGGAGUCUGAGUACGCUCUGAAGAUCCAGAAGCUGAAGGAGACCCAGGCCAUGUGCAACCGAGGAGCCCCAGCAGAGCCCCCCCAACCGGCCUCCGCCCCCCCCGAGCCUCAGAGCCAGCCCCCGCCUCCCCCCACCUCUUUCCCCCUGCCCCAGCCCUCACUACACGACCUCACCCAGGACAAGCUCACCCUGGACAGCGAAGACGUCCCUGAGGCCGACGAUCACGAGGUGGAACCUGCGCCCCCUAAAGCGAGCCGCCGGAACUCCCUCCGUCAGUCCAGCAGCUCCUUCACCAAACCCCACCUGGAGCAGCUGAGCUCCACCCCCGCCAAGGACUCCAAACUGGCUAAAGGCUCGGCUGGCUCCAGGCCUCCCGCUGAGAUGUUUGCAGGGCUGGACCUGGAGGCCCUGAAGCUUCGAUACCAGCAGCAGGCCCGGCUGGGGGAGCUGCUGCAGAAGGAGCUGCAGACGGUGGGGGGACAAGUCCUCGGCCCCCCCACUGGACAGGUGGUCUCACUGGAGGCGGACGCAGCCAGCAGCCAAUCGGGGAGCUCAGAGCUGAAGCCUGUCCCCUACGGACCCUAUCACAGUCCUUUGCUGGUCUUCAGGUCUUACAGGUUCAGUCCGUACUACAGGACCAAGGAGAAGUUGUCUCUGAGCUCCGUCUCCUACAGUAACUCGAUAGAAGGCCGGAGGACUUUCUGCCGCUUUGACCUCACUGGAACCUGCAACGAUGACGAGUGCAGAUGGCAACACAUGAGGAAUUGCACUCUGACUGGAAACCAGCUGUUCCAGGACAUCCUGUCCUACAACCUGCCUCUCAUCGGGUGCUCUGAUCUCAGCCUGGACGAGGACGUGGCGGUCUCCACAGAAAAGUACAUGAAGAAGCUGUUCGGCACAAACAAAGACCGGAUGGGUGUCGACCAGAAGGCCGUUCUCCUCGUCAGCAAAGUGAACGAAAGCAAGCGACACGUCCCUCCUUUCACCACCUGUAAAGACACAAGGACGUGGCGACCAACGGCGGCGGCACAGAGCAGCUUCAGCCCGGAGGACGAGAGCGAGGACGAGUCGGCAGGAGGACACCUGACCACGAGGAGACACGACGGCGUUUCGAGGACGAGCCAGUCUGCUCUGGACGUUUGCGUCACAUCGGAGGACAAACGUUAUUUUAUCAGUGAGACGGACGACAUUUCGAACCUGGAGACCAGCGUCCUGGAGAGUCCCCGAGACACUCAGCUGUGGAUCAAGUUGGCUUUCAAGUACCUCAAUCAGAACGAAACGUCCGCAGCAGAGUGUUUGGAAGCAGCCUUGAACACACUGUCACGAGCUCUGGAGAGUAACUGUGAGAACCCUGAGGUGUGGAGCCACUAUCUGUCCCUGUUCUCAAGGCGGGGAAGCAGGGAGGAGGUCCAGGAGAUGUGUGAAAUGGCUGUGGAACACGCUCCAAACUACCAAGUGUGGUGGAACUAUCUAAAGCUGGAGAGCUCAUUUGAGGGGAAGGACUAUGUCUGUGACCGCCUGCUGCUCUUCCUGGUCUCUGAAGCGUCUCCUUUGGUCACCGACCGGCUGUCCUUCCAACUGAUGGAGGCUCUGCUCUACAGAGUCCAGCUCAACCUGUUCACGGGCCGCAUGGAGAGCGCUCUGGCUAUUCUCCAGAACGCCUUGAAGUCAGCCCGUGACAGGAGCAUCGCCGAGCACCUGACGGCCGGCGACCGGGCGCUGGUGUGGCUCUCCUACAUCCACCUGACGGAGUUCGAUCGGCUGCCGGCCGGCCUGCUGGACCCGGAGGAGUCCGGUCCGUCCCGGCUGGUCAGCAGAGAGUCCUUCCUGCUGCCCUGGAGGACGCCGCAGGACGUCAGCACGCCGCUGCACAUCCUCGUGGCUCUCUUUAGAGACGCCGUGCAUCAGUGCUCCGAUGAGGCUCUGUCUCCGAGCCAGAGGACGCUGGUCUGCCUUCCUCUUCACACCAACCUCGUCUUCCUCUACCAGCUGCUGGAGAGGUUUGAUGAGGGCGUAGCUCUGGUGGAGUCUCUGCUGGAGCUCCGCCCAGAGUCCUGCGCUCUGAGAGACGAUCUGGCCGAGCUCCACAUCAGGAAGGGACAUUCAGACAAGGCGGUCAGCAUGUGGCUUCACGCUCUGGCAGAGUGUCCCAACAACGCCGACGUCUUCUACCACUCCUGCAAGUUCCUCAUGGCUCAGGAGAAGUCCAGUGCCAUCGCUCCUCUGUUCCGAGGGUUCAUCCUGUCGCUGUGUGAGGACCAACAGAGUCAGAAGAAGCCGGUGGACGUUCUGCGACACAUCCUUGGUUUCCCCAAUGAGGAGCUGCUGAGAGGGCCGAUCAUCAAGGAGCUUCAGGAGCAGCUCGGCCAGCAGAUGCCCUACCUACAUCUCAUCCACUGUCGCUGGCAGUGGCUCCACGGCUCUGUGGACGAGACGGUGGACGCCUUCGAGAGAGCACUGGGAUCAGCCAUGCAGCUGGAGGAGCUCCACAAACUCUGGAUGGAUUACCUGGUGUUUAGCAGCAGCCAACCAGACCGAGGUCCGUCCAACCGUCAGUCCAAACUGUUCUCAGAUCUGGUCCAACGCUGUCUGAGCACCGUCCCGUCUCGACUGGAGGUUCCCUUCAACCCAGCAGAGUUUUGGAGCUGCUACAGCUUCCACAACAAGGUGGUGACUCUCUAUCUGAGCCAUCUGCCGCUGUCCCAGCAUGCACAUGUCCUGGAGAGACUGAGAUACGCCAUGCCGAAUAACACUGAGCUGGGCCUGAGGUUGCUGCAUCAGGUGUGGCAGGACGGACACAUUGAACACUUGAAGUUCCAGGUUCGGAUGUUGAGCAGUCAGGCUCCACAGUGUCUGGCCUACUGGGAGAUACUGAUAGCGGUGGAGAGGGAGCUCAAGGAGCCUUGUGAGGUCCGCCUCCUGUACCAGCAGGCGCUCCACCACCUCCCACUGUGUGCUGCCCUGUGGAAACAUCGCCUGCUGUUCGAGGCAGCAGAAGGCGGCGGCGUGGACCGGCUGCGGCGGCUCGUGGUCCGGUGUCAGCAGGUGGGCGUGAGCCUCAGUGAGCGGCUCAGCGCGGCUCCUCAGACAGAAGAUCAGUGACACUCAUCAGAACUCACUCAGUAGAACUAGAACCAAAGAUCAGUGAGGUAAGACAGACUCCUGUCCCCCUCACCUCCUGUGGGAGGACCCCUCCUCCUGGGACCCCUCCUCCUGUGGGGCACCUCCUGUGUACCGCCUCAUGUACGUAAGUAUGGACCUGCUGAGUGACACACUGUUGAUUCAUGUCCUCCCUGUUUCGUUUCUGUCACCUUUCAUUUGGACUUCAUUUCCUCCCUUUUGAUUUGACCCGAGUGGGCUCCCCCCCCCCCCCCACCCACCCACCCACCCCCUCCUGUAGUGAUGCUGCAACAUCUGCACGCUGUCUUUUUGUCUCUGAGGAAACGAGAAUAUUUUGUUAAAGUGAUCAAACUAAAAGAAACGCAGACAAAGCGAAUGUUUUCUUUUGGCUCCGGUCUGAGAGACUCUGAGCCCCAGAGACUGAACCCGCUGCAGGACUCUGCAGGACUCUGCAGGACUCGCUAUCGGGCGCCCUUGUUUUUUGUUUUCGUCGACCUUCUACCAUAAAAUGAUUAAAGAGUAUUCUAGAGGAGAGGAGCCAAGUCCUUCCACUGUUGUUUUUUACAUGUUGGAUUUAAAUGUUAUUAAAUUAUUUUCUAAAGA